AUGACGAAACCGUUUGUUAAUGGCACUUCGUACCACACGCUGAGGGCGUCGUCGCAGAAGCUGCUACAAGAGGCAGUUUCGUUCUACACCAACAUUGUCGGGCUCUCGGUUGCUCGAGAGUCGAAGGAGUCGAUUCUGCUGAACUCUGGCCAGGAGUUUCCUCACACCUCUGCGUCUCUGGAGAUUGUGCUUGAUGAGCAGUUCCAGCAGCCUUCCUCGGAGACGCUGGCACAGGCCUUCCCUUCCGAGCUGGCGCCUGCCGAGGUGUACGCUAUUGACCCGCUAGGGUUUGUUGUUGGGUUCACAUCUCUGAAGCAUGCGCUCUCCACGGUUGCGCCACCGCUGAAGGAGUCUGUGAUCUUUGACGACGACCAGCUGACCUCGGCAGCGGUCACGGCGGUCCUCACAGAGCCUGUCAAGCAGCAGCGUAACAUUGCUGUGAUGACAUCUGGUGGUGAUGCCCCUGGAAUGAACGCUUGUGUGCGCGCCGUGGUGCGUGCUGCUAUCUACAGGGGCUGUAAGGCUUUUGCAGUGUAUGAAGGCUAUGAAGGUCUUGUCAGAGGUGCCGAUUACAUCAAGGAGAUGGACUGGCAAAGCGUCCGUGGCUGGUUGAGUGAAGGUGGUACCAAUAUCGGUACCGCCCGUUGUGCAGAGUUCAGAGAACGGGCUGGACGUUUGCUGGGUGCUAAGCACUUGAUCGAGUCUGGUAUUGACGCGUUGAUCGUCUGUGGUGGUGAUGGUUCGCUUACCGGUGCCGAUCUCUUUAGAGCUGAGUGGCCUUCGCUUAUUGAUGAGCUGCUCAAGACUGAUCAAAUCACAAAGGAGCAACACGAUAGACAUAAACACUUGAACAUCUGUGGAACUGUGGGAUCUAUUGAUAACGAUAUGUCCUCCACUGACUCUACAAUUGGUGCUUAUUCAUCUUUGGAUAGAAUCUGUGAAGCUGUGGAUUACAUUGAUGCCACUGCCAACUCCCAUUCAAGAGCGUUUGUCAUUGAAGUGAUGGGAAGACACUGUGGUUGGUUGGCACUUAUGGCUGGUAUUGCCACUGCUGCUGAUUACAUUCUGAUCCCAGAGAAACCGGCAAGCUCAAGGGAAUGGCAAGAUCAGAUGUGUGACAUUGUUGGCAAGCACAGGGCCCGUGGUAAACGUAAAACCAUUGUUAUCGUUGCUGAAGGUGCCAUUGCUGCUGAUUUGACCCCAAUUACCUCGAAGGAUGUCCUCAAGGUUCUUGUCGAUAGACUAGGAUUGGAUACCAGAGUGACCACAUUGGGCCACGUCCAAAGAGGUGGUACUGCUGUUGCAUGGGAUCGUAUUCUUGCUACUCUUCAAGGUGUCGAAGCUGUUGAAGCCGUCUUACAAUCCACACCAGAGACUCCUUCUCCUAUGAUUGGUAUCGUUGAAAACAAGAUCUGCCGUAAACCAUUGGUUGAAGCCGUCAAGUUGACAAAACAAGUUGCACAGGCUAUCAGCGAGAAGAACUUCAAAAAGGCAAUCUCGUUGCGUGAUUCUGAGUUUGUCGAACAUUUGAGCAACUUUAUGGCAAUCAACUCUGCUGACCAUAAUGAACCUGUUCUCCCACUAGAACAGCGUCUCAACAUUGCAAUUGUCAACGUUGGUGCGCCAGCUGGUGGUAUGAAUUCAGCAGUAUACGCAAUGGCAACAUACUGUAUGUCUCGUGGUCACACACCUUAUGCCAUUCACAAUGGAUUCUCAGGUUUGGCAAGACACGAAUCUGUUAGAUCCAUCAAUUGGUUGGAUAUCGAGGGCUGGACAUCUAGAGGAGGUUCCGAACUUGGUACAAACAGAACAACACCUCAAGAAGCCGAUAUCGGUAUGAUUGCAUACUACUUUGAUAAGUAUCAAUUUGACGGUUUGGUGAUUGUUGGUGGUUUCGAAGCGUUUGUAUCACUGCACCAAUUGGAACAAGCUAGAAAGGAUUAUCCAGCGUUCCGUAUCCCUAUGACCUUGAUUCCUGCAACAAUUUCCAACAACGUUCCAGGAACUGAGUAUUCUCUUGGUUCUGACACCUGUUUGAACUCUCUGAUGAAGUACUGUGAUAUUGUCAAACAGAGUGCUUCGUCAACAAGAGGUCGUGCCUUUGUUGUUGAGGUUCAAGGUGGUAAUUCUGGUUACAUUGCAACAAUGGCCCAAUUGGCGUGCGGUGCUCAAGCAUCUUAUGUUCCAGAAGAGGGCAUUCCAUUAGAGCAGUUGGAUAUGGAUAUUGAAAACUUGAAACAGUCUUUCACUCUGGCAUCCGGUAAGUCCAAGUCAGGUAAGCUGAUUUUGAAAUCAGAAAAUGCCUCUAAGGUGUUAACGACAGAUGUGAUUGCUCAGAUCAUCACGGACGAGGCACAGGGAAGAUUUGAUGCAAAGACUGCCGUGCCGGGUCACGUCCAACAAGGUUCAUUGCCAUCUCCUAUGGAUCGUACAAGAGCUACAAGACUUGCAGUUAAAGCUGUUCAGUUCAUUGAAGAGAAGCAAGAAGUCACCAAACCAACUCGUUUCCUCGAAAACUUUGACCCACUUGAUAGUGAAGUUUCUGCCACUGCAUCCAUUGUUGGUGUCAAGAGAUCACACCUUAGAUUCGCUAGUAUUCGCCAAGUGUACGAUUUCGAGACAUCUUUGGUGACGAGAAUGCCAAAGCACAUUCACUGGAAAGAUACCAGAGAAGUUGCAGACCUCCUUGUCGGCAGAACGAAGCUUGCGUUUGAACACAAGAUCUAUGAACUUGUUGGGUUGAUGAUGAGCUUUGCACUACAGUGGCGCUACGUGUGA